AUGCCCAGCCCUAUUUUUUUUCUUAAUCUACUUCACAUAAAAGUUUUUGCUUCCCCUACUCCGGACGAUGCCACCGAGGCGGCGGCGCACUCUGGAGGUCUGAAGCCGCUACUGGCUGCCACGGGCCAGUGGCUUGAUGAGUUGGGCAGCCGCCCCCGGCUCGGGGCUGUGAGCGGCUCGGGGCCAGGGGUGGGCGGCGGGGCGGCACGGCCGCCUGGGCGGGCUGGGGCCGCCUCCCUCCCGGAGGCCCCACCGUCCCUGGAGCUGCAGUUGACGGCCGCGGGGCCCAGCGUGAGCCUCGACCUGAGUGAGGACGAGGUGUGCCGGCUGAUCGGUCUUGAUGCAGAACUUUCUUAUGUGAGAAAUGACCUUGUUAGUCACUACGCUCUAUCUUUUAAUCUGUUAGUACCCAGUGAGACAAACGUCCUGCACUUCACCUGGCAUGCGAAGUCCAAGGCUUAAUACAAGCUGGGAUUCCAAGCGGACAAUGUGUUGGCAAUGGACAUGCCCCAGGUCAAUAUUUCCGUUCCCGGGGAAGUUCCACGCAUUUUAUCAGUGUUUUGGGUAGGGCUUUCCUGUACUGGCGAAGUAGAUUCUGAAGUUAUGAUACUAAUGCAACUCAACUUGACAAAUUCUUCAAAGAAUUUUACCAUCUUAAAUUUUAAACCAAGGAAAAUGUGCACUAAAAAUGGUCCUGUACAUGCAAUUACAACCACUUCUACACGUGUGUUUUAUAUUACAGUACGGGUUUGUUGUGCAGUAAUAUUUCUCGUAGCAAUAAUAUUAGCUGUUUUGCACCUUCAUAGUAUGAAAAGGGUUGAACUGGAUGACAGCAUUAAUGCCAGCAGUAGUUCCCAAGGGCUGUCUCAGCCAUCCACCCAGACGACCCAGUAUCUGAGGGCUGACACACCCAACAGUGCGACUCCUAUCACCAGCUCCUCAGGUUAUCCUACCUUGCGGACAGAGAAGAACGACUUGAGAAGUGUCACUCUUUUGGAGGCCAAAGCCAAGGUGAAGGAUACAGCAAUAUCCAGGGAGAGGAUAGCUCUAAAAGAUGUACUCCAAGAAGGUACUUUUGGGCAUAUUUUCCAUGAGAUUUUAAUAGAUGGAAAAGAUCCAAAUAAAGAAAAACAAGCAUUUCUCACAACAGUUAAAGAUCAAGCUUCUGAAAUUCAGGUAACAAUCAUGCUCACUGAAAGUGAUAAGCUGCGAGGUCUUCAACACAGGAAUCUUCUUCCUAUUACUCAUGUGUAUAUAGGAGAAGGAGAAAAGCCCAUGGUGAUAUUGCCUUACAUGAAUUGGGGGAAUCUUAACUUGUUUUUACAGCAGUGCAAGUUAGUAGAGGCCAAUAAGCCACAGGCAAUUUCUCAACAAGAUCUGGUACCCAUGGCUAUUCAGACUGCCUGUGGAAUGAGCUACCUGGCCAGAAGGGAAGUCAUCCACAAAGACCGGGCUGCUAGGAACUGUGUCACUGAUGACACACUUCAAGUUAAGAUCACAGACAAUGCCCUCUCCAGAGACUGGUUCUCCAUGGACUAUCACUGUUUGGGGGACAAUGAAAACAGGCCAGUUCGUUGGAUGGCUCUUGAAAGUCUGGUUAAUAAUGAGUUGUCUAGCACUAGUGAUGUGUGGGCCUUUGGAGUGAUGCUGUGGGAACUCACGACUCUGGGCCAGAUGGCCUACGUGGACACUGACCCCUUCGAGAUGGCCGCAUACCUGAAAGAUGGUUACCGAAUAACCCAGCCAAUCAACUGUCCUGAUGAACCAUUUGCUGUGAUGGCCUGUUGCUGGGCCUUAGAUCCGGGGGAGAGGCCCAAGUUUCAGCAGCUGGUACAGUGUCUCAGAGAGUUUCAUGCAGCCCGGGGGGCCUACGUCUAACUCCUCUCUCGCACCCACAGCAUCAGGAGGAAGCUGCCUGUCGGAGCUCACUUGAGGCCUGUCAUGGCUGCUUCGUGUCUAACACAAUGACAACAGAAGUACAUUUGUCUUCCAGAACACUGUGCCUUAGGAAUGCUGUAGAAUCUGAACUUUUUAAAACAGACUUAAUAAUGUGGCAUAUUUUCUAGAUAUCACUUUUAUUAGGUUGAAGUGAAAGGGUUUUUGUGAAUUUUUUGGCCAAAAUUUUUUAAAACAUAGUUACCUUGGACUAGGGGUACACUGUUACAAAAUAAACAGUUUUUAAAAUUGUUCAGACACAGAUAUUUGGAAUUAGCUA